UGAUGUUUUAGGGCUCAGUUCUUUUAUCCGUGUCACUGAAGACAGGAAAAUAAAAAAUGUCAGUGUGAUGUACAGCCCAUGGUUUGAUGGAGACGCCCCAGAGAUGGAGUGAUGAUGCUGCUGCUGAUGGCUUUAUCGCUUCUACAGCCGUUCCUUCAGUGUGGGCGUUGUUGAAAACUCCUAAAGCACGGGGGCGUUGGGAUCACUUAUGCAGCACAUUUGCUUCUUAUUGGCUGGCGAACAGAAGUUGCUUUGAUGACACAGUCGAAGCUCCGCAGAUAAAAAGAAAGGCGACGCGGAAGGAGCAAGUGUUGGACCAAGGGCAGAGUUGCAAGAAGUAUCUGUCCAACUCCUGAGGUGAAUGUUUUCCACGAGUCCAUAAGUCCCGGAGGUGAACGGUUUGCUGGCUGGUCGUUGGUUUGCGUGCGUCCUGGGAUCUGCUGAAGAAUGGAGUGGUACGUCCUGGUGUUGAUGCUGAGCCUGCCGCCCUCCAUCCACACAGACUGUUCCUCAAAGUGCCAGAGAUGCGCCGAACAAACGCUGCCCCAAGACGCCGCUUUCAGCACUCUGUCGUGCAGCUCAGAGUGUGAUGAAGAUGAGCUGGAGAGCUGCGCUCCUACUCCGCGGCUGGCCGACUUCACCGAGGACGAGGGGGCGGAGGCAGAGGAGAGCCAACAGGCAGAGCUGGUCAAGCGCUACGGUGGUUUCAUCAAGCGGAUCGAUAAGAACAAGAACAAAGUGUUCACCUCCUCCAAGUGGCGCGACAACUCUGUCCUGAAGGCUGCGGCACUGCCCGUUAACUACGAGGAUCUGCUAAAGCGGCUGGAGGUGAGAGACGCUCCCGCUGAGGAGGAGCCCGUCCCGCACAGUUACGUUAAGCGUUACGGAGGCUUUUUACGCAAAUUCGGCCCCAAGUCAAAAAGAAGGAGUUCCGAGCCGGAAGGAAGCCAGGACCCAGAGGAGCUCCAGAAGCGCUAUGGGGGCUUCAUGAGAAGGGUCCGGCCAAAGUUCCCUAACCUGAAAUGGGACAAGCGUUACGGAGGCUACCUGCGGCGCCACUUCAGAUUCUCCGUCCGCUCUGCAGAGGAGCCCUACUCCUCCUCUGCGGAGCUCAGCUUGUAGGAACCACUAGAAGAACUUACACCGGUUCCAUGUCAGAGAACCUGUUCCUGGCGUUCCUACUCACCCACAGCUGCUUCCACUCACCUGUCAAUGUCUGCCAGUCAAUAAACGAUGCUUAUUAACGUCACAUUUAAAGCUACCUGUUUGUCCUAGUUGUCCCUUCAAAAUGCACUGGUUGAUUCUAGACUUACUGAAAGUCUGGAAAGCUUCACUAGCUGAGGUCAUAAUGAGAACAGGAUCAGAAAGUCAAAAUUACGAGCUCGACAGCCGAUUUAGAUCGGCUUCAAUUAAAAUUGGUGAUCAUUCAAACGCAUAAUUUAUUCCUGCUGCCAAAUAAAACUUUGAAAAAUAAAAUGACUGAGAAAAUUGCUUGUGGUGCCAAAUAAAUGUAGAAGGAAUUGUAUGUUUCUUAAUUCAUGUAAUUUACCAGGAGUAAAUAUGAAAUAAAUUUAAAUAAAAAUGUAACAAUUACUUUCUUAGAUAAGUAAUGCUGCUUCAUAUUUGGUAGAACACUUGUCACACUAUAUGAUCACACUAUAUCACAUAAUAAAGGUUUAAAAAGUAGUUUUUUUGUAAUAAGCAUAGUUUUUUGUGCCACCAAUUCUCCCAAUGUUUGAAAAUGCGGUGUUGUCAAAACAGCGUAACUUGAUCGGCAACAGCAAAUUGAUCAGCUGUGGGAGAUCCUGAUUCUUGAAAUUACCUGUCAGAUCAGCAUACACCCACUUUUUAUCCAACCCAAAUUAUUUCCAAGUAGCAAUAUAAAAACAGAUUUUAAACAGGAAAAUAAAAUCAAACAAAAUUCAAAUUCCCACACAAAUGUUUACUACUAAAGCAACUUGGAUUUAAAAUUAAUGUUGCAUAAUUUGGUUUAAUUUAUUAGGGCUUCUUCUCUUAACAUCCUUGAAACUUCACUUGCGUCUGGUAGUUUCUACUUUCAUUGAAUAACAAUACAGUCAAAACUGAUUUUCUCUUAAAAAAAAUUGUAAUGUCAUAUUUAUUAUUAUUGCUAGUCUGUAUGUUGAUCUGACAGCUCAAAUUCCAAUGAGGGAAUAAUUCUCUGUUGAGCAUGCACAUUAGAGCGAUGUAUGCCAAUCUGGCAAGUAUGCUAUUCUGAUAGAACAACAAACUCAUUUAUUUCACGAACGGCACUUCCCAAACAGCUUAAAAACUUAGAACUUCUCACUCACUAGAUUUGAAUUGAGAAAGCCUUCGAAAGAAGAGCAAAAUGUUUUCAACUAACCUUUUUGGAUUUGCCACGCACUGGAGGACUUGGAAUUUUCACCAUUACUUUACAUCAGAUGAAUUAAAUCACCAAACUGUUUUUGACUCCUGUAAACGUUUUUUUUUUGUUUGUUUGUUUGUUGUUGUUUUUUUGCCAAAAUGCUUCAAAGCAGUCUAUGUUUGAGACUGACAAAAAGAUGUAAAAAUAAAAAAAUUACCAGAAAACAAAA